AUGUUAAAUAACUUAUUUGAACCAUCUCAAUCAACAGCAAAUCCUAGAAGACGUAGUGUGGUGGAGAGCGUAGAAGAAAUCCCUUCUUUACGAAAGGUCGAGGUCGAGGUACUCAAAACAAGGGAGAUUUUAAUUGUCUUGCAAGAGGUAGAAGCGAUCGACUCUUUCCUUAGUUCUCAGCAGAAAAGAAUUCACAAUUGCAACUGUGUUUGA